AUGCCUUCUUCGUCCCCCUCUACCCACCCUCCAGAACUUACAGUGAUCUCCCGAAUAAGUUCUAUUCCUCUUAUCUCAUCCUCGCUCGAAAUAGUCAACGAUACCUUAUCUACAAACACAUACACACGUUCACCGUACUCUACAGCUUUGGGAUUGUCCAAUUCCGCCUAUAAGCUCACGGAGCCGCUCCAAACUCAUUUGGCGCCACUCAUCGUUCGUGCGGACUCUUACGCCAAUCUAGCUGUAGAUGUAGUACAGAAGAGGUAUCCUAGUGCGUUUACUACCACACCAGAGGAUGUGAUGGGAUAUGUUCAGAACAGGCAGAAAGAUGUAGGCGAAUAUGUUAGGGAAAGGCGGGAAAGUGCUGUUCUCUCUAUUGGCAAUUGUAUCAGAACCUUAUCACUUUCGGUUUUGCAGAGAUUUGCUCCGAUUGUGGAUUAUCUGGAGGUCGCCGUUAACCGGAUUGACUCUAAUACCCAGGAAAAUGGUACCUCAGCCGACAAGGAAGCUCAUGUUUCGCAGUAUUCGCGUGCGCUUGAGCUUUCCGUUCGUCUCAGAGACCAGCUCCAAUCUUAUUCCAACGAGCAAAUAACACAACUUCAGGCUCACUCUGUUCUUGUCCAACGCGCUACGGAGACCGCUCGUAGUCUCAGUACCACGGCUUCAUCAUCCCUCUCGAAUGUCCAAGCUAAAUUGCACGCCGUUUCGGAAAAUAUGAUCGCUGAACUCGGGAAACUUCAAUCCCAAGCCACUUCUCUCUCUGCUUCUUUGCAAGCCUCGGCCUCGAAAACCCUGAAAGAUCCGACCGCUCAACUCCCUCCGCAGGUUCAACAGAGAUAUGCAGAACUAUCCUCUGUGCUUCAGGCUCAAGCUUCAUCAGCCUCUGCUACCUACGCAGAAUUGUCGAAUCACCUUGCCUCAACAGUGUCUGAGCUACGGAGCAUUAUGACGGCGGAGAAUGUGUCGAUACAGGAGAAGGCGACGAAAGUGACCCAUGAGGUUUCGGUAAGGGUUCAGCCGUUGCUGGAAGUGCUUAGUAGGAAUGCCCAGCAGGCCAUAGGUGCACGAGGUGAACCGCAGUCGCCUACAGUGAAUGGUGUGAACGGACACGCCAAUUAGGGGUUAUUUCUGGAUCUUUUAUAUUUCUUUCUGCUUUUGAGGAACUUAUAGACGGUUUUGUGCUUCUUGAAUGUCUAGAUAGACUAAGAUAGUCUAAUUGAUUGUUACAUAUCCAGGCCAGGUUCGGGCU